UGUAGUCACCCGAUACUUUUCCGAUUGAACACUGACAAUUUCUGAUUGAAAACCAUGGCUAACUUUAGAGAAAAAGUUGUCCUUAUAACAGGAGCAAGUUCUGGUAUAGGAGAAGCCACUGCUAUCAAGUUAGCAGAACAUGGUGCCAGCUUAUUUUUAGUGGCUCUUGAAGAGGACAAACUGCAAAUUGUACAACAAAAAUGCAUGGAAAAGGGUUUAGAAGAAGAAAAAAUAGGGUUUUGCAGUGGUGACUUAUCUCAAUCUGCAUUCAGGGAAGAAAUUGUACAGAACCUGAAACAGAAAUUUGGAAGAUUGGAUAUAUUGGCUGACAUUGCAGGCUAUGCCAUGUUUUUUCAUGUAAGUGAAACUAAGGAAGAGGAUUACGAUAAAUUCCUCAAUGUUAACCAGAAGGCGAAAUUCUUCCUGGCACAACUAUGCUUGCCUCAUCUCAAAGAAACAAAAGGUAAUAUAAUCUACAUGUCAAGUAACAGUUCCACGAUACCGCAACCGAGAAUAAUAGUUUACUGCAUGGUAAAAACAGCUAUUGAUAUGCUUACAAAGUGUCUAGCCAAAGAAUUAGGAGCUCACGGUGUAAGAGUUAAUGCUAUCAAUCCAAGCUUCAUUGAUGGUACCAAUAUUCUUCGUAAUAGUGGUUUGAAGGCUACAGAAGAAGACCAAAAACAGUAUGCAGAAAAGGCAGCAAGACAAGCACACAUCAAAAGGGCGGGAACACCAGCAGAUGUUGUUUCUCUCUUGCUCUUCUUGGCAUCAGAUGAAACAUCGUACAUUACCGGAAGUAUCAAUAAUGUCGAUGGUGGAAAACAUUUAUAUCCUUGAACAAUAUCCUUCCAUCUCUCAUAUAAUUCAGAUUUCAGACAUUUAGUGUAGUUAACAUCCAUAGUUAUUUCAUAGAAAAUUAGGAAAUUUUAUUACGAGGAAAGAUCUUUUU